AGUCCCAAACGGUCCAAAUUCCACAAAGGAAACAGAAAGCAAAAUACCCAAAAGAAAAAAGAUCACAACAGUUUAUGUAGAGAGUAUCUUAUAGAAGAUUCAAAACAAGAUCUCUCAUAGAUAUGGCUAUGUCCAAAGUAGAAGCAGAAGAAGAAGAAGAAGAGACAGAGAGGCUUGUUAUUAUGGGCACUACGAAAGUGGUGUACUACUUGCAACCAUUGAUGUCUAAAGAGCUUCUCUGCAAAUUCCCUGACAAGUUAUCGGCUUUCGACUUCGACUACACGCAGAGCUCAAUAUGGUCCCCUUUGGUCCCUCGGGCUUACAGUGCCAUGGACUUGGAUUCUGAUUUUGAUGAUUUGGAUUUCAUGACAACACCCACAAAUAGAAAGCUCUCAUUUGGUGGUGGUGGUGCUAUGGUGUUAAGCAACAAAACCAAGUUGAAGAAAGUCACUUCCAACAUCAAGAAGAAGCUCAACAUCAAUCUUAAUCUUAAUGUUUUGAAGAUGAAGCACAUGCACAAGCACAAAACCAAGCCAUCUGAGUUCUCCCCAACUCCUCUAAAGCCCACUUUUACUUGUUUCCCACACACCACAAAGGCUUGGACUAAGACUUUGAAAGCUGCCUCUAAACAUUUCAAGAAAAAGAAGAAGAAAGAUCCCACGGCCCAUGUGAAGCUCUCCAACCAUUUGAGAGAUGGGAAUAUUUCAAGAUGAUUAUUCAAUUGGAAAUUUCUCUGUGUUAUUCUUUUUGGUCAAUUCAUUCAAAUCUGUAUUACCCUUGCAGCAAGUACACCGUACAUUACUAUCAUGUUAUUCAAAAAAUGUAAAACUUUUAUUAAUUCUUGUAAUGCAUAAUAUUUCGAGGCCUUGUCAUUCCAAUUAUGAAAUCAAUUGCUCAAGUUUAUCUUUU